AUGGUCAUGGCUGCAAAGAAGAAUAUGAAUCCAUCCCAGGGUGAUUGUUAUAGAGAACUUAGUCCAACCGUCACUCUUGAGGGAAAUGUGGUUAUGAGCUUUAGUUUCGAUAGCUGCCAGCUUGAUGAAGAAGAAUUGCAGGGAAGAGGAAAACAGGAAGCACAAGGAAUUCUUACAUUAAUGGAGCCAGAGAAUUCUCAAAGCGUCAUUCGACAUUAUCCUUUUAACCCUGCAAAUAAAGAAAUCAAAAAGACCAAGGAGGAGAUUACCACGUUGGAACAGAACCUAUUUCAAGAAGCACCAACGGAUGAAGCAGCAUCUAUCCGAACCAACCUUACUCAGAAAAACAACCAUUUUAGACGUACCCUGGAAGAACAAAAGAAGUCCAAGUUCCAGAGAGACAUCAAGGACUACUCUACAAACCAGGUUUACCAUACAGUAUCACGUGAUUUCGCAACUGCAGAUACUGCCCCCCCUUUCACCUCAGGCUCCUCAAGUGCUAGUGAGGCCGAUUUUUUUAGACAGAGCUACAGGCCGAAACAGAUUCAGAGGCUGUCAAGGAGGGCGGGGAAGAAACACAGGAAGAGGCAGACAGAACUUCCGCUCCCAGUCACGGGACCCUAUCCGAACCAGGUCAACGUACAGGAACUAGACAAAGAUUCUUCUAACCCUGAGGACCUGACCAUUAAUUUAUCUAAAAGAAACCUCUCCACGGAUGAAAUAUCGGCUCUCAACCUAGGCCUUGGCUUCGUCCCUACUAAACUUACCAACCCAUAUGUACUGGAUAAAGAGAUGUCUCGCUUCUUUCGUGCCAUCAGAUUGAGGGCCUACCUGGAUAUUGAAAAACCACCCUGGGCGAACGAACAACCAUUAGUCUCCUCACCGUUUCAAAUACGAACCAGAGGAUGUAAACCUCCAAAUACAUAUAUGCCUCCCAAGAAAUACGAUAUGAUCGAAAAAUACAUAUCUAAGGUCCAGGACGAGAUGAACAGCCUAGCAAAGAAAUCAACCACAAUAAAGGGCUCAGAGGAAGAUAUCCAUACCUUCCAUUGGGACAUCAACACCGGCGUUUCCAUCAUCUCUCUCUCUCUGAGUUCCAGUCGGUCCAAAAUCUCUUUUCUAGAUGUCUGCUUGAAGGACACGCCACUAAUGUCCUACAAAAGAGCCAAGAACAUUAGGGAUCUACUAGUCAAAUCAGACCUUGGGAGCAGUAAGGGCUCCAGGAUCCUGACCACCAUCAUAGGUUCUCCCAUCAACGAUGCAAAUCCAGAGCCUCAGGAUCGAUACCAUGGAAUAUAUUUUGCAAUGCUGCUUGCUGGAGUUGGUUUUCUUCUACCUUACAACAGUUUCAUCACAGAUGUGGAUUAUCUGCACCACAAGUUUCAAGGCACUUCUAUUGUAUUUGACAUGAGCCUUACCUACAUUCUGGUGGCAUUAGCUGCUGUUGUCCUUAAUAAUGCCACGUUGGAACUUCUUACUACGCACAUGAGAAUUACUGCUGGGUAUAUUUUCGCUCUUGGACCCCUAAUCUUUAUUGGAAUUUGUGACAUCUGGCUUGAGCUAUUUACAUUCAAACAGUCGUAUGCCAUAAACCUUUUUGCAGUCGGGGUGGUAGCUUUUGGAUGCACAGUGCAGCAAUCCAGUUUCUAUGGCUACGCUGGGAUGCUACCCAAACAUUAUACUCAAGGAGUGAUGACUGGUGAAAGUACUGCUGGAGUAAUGAUCUCUCUUAGUCGCAUAUUCACCAAACUUCUUUUACAAGAUGAGAAAGAGAGCACCAUUAUCUUCUUCCUAAUCUCUAUUUCCCUGGAAUGUAUGUGCUUUGUUUUGCACUUGCUUGUGAGGAGAACUAGAUUUGUUCAGUACUAUAUAAACAAAGCCCUGGUAAAAAAAUCAUGUAGGAAUAUCUCAGAGCCAAGUUUCCGUUAUACAGUGCAUCACGGGUUUUUGUCUUCAUGUGGAAAUGCAGCUAUUGGCUGCAGCAGCAGCUCUGAAACAUGUGGGGACUGGGGGGGAGGAGGAUCUUACAUAAGGUUUGAUGUUCCUGAGCACAAAGUUAAAAGCAGCUGGCCAAAGUUCAGAGAUAUGAUGUUCCAUCGUUAUCUGGUGUUGCGAGUGAUUUGGGCUUACAUGCUGUCUAUCACUGUGACAUAUUUCAUUACUCUUUGUCUUUUUCCUGGAUUGGAGUCAGAAAUCAGGAACUGCACAAUGGGAGAGUGGCUUCCCAUCCUCAUUAUGGCUAUAUUCAACCUGUCAGACUUUGUCGGCAAGAUAUUGGCAGCAGUACCAUACGAAUGGCGUGGUGUCAACCUGCUCAUAUGUUCUAGCAUGCGUGUUGUGUUUAUUCCACUGUUUAUAAUGUGUGUGUACCCAAGUGGAAAACCUACCUUUAGCCAUCCUGCCUGGCCAUGCAUCUUUUCCCUGCUUAUGGGCAUUACAAAUGGAUAUUUUGGCAGUGUUCCUAUGAUUCUUGCAUCUGGACUAGUUGUACCAGAGCAAAGAGAACUGGCAGGAAACACAAUGACCGUAUCAUAUAUGACCGGACUUACACUUGGUUCAGCUGUUGCUUAUUUUGCCUACAGCUUGGCUAAUACGUCUCAAAAUAUUUGUUUCCAUCCAGAAAUAUACAACAGUUCCUUGCCGCCAGAGCUUUAUACAGUACUAUGA